GAUAUAAUAGAUGCGUAGGAAGAGAGAAGAGAAUUGUUAUUUGUUACUUCUCACUUAACGGAGAGAGAUAGAGAGAGAGAAAGAGAUGGCGAGCGCAGCAGGAGGAGGAGCGGUGCCGUUUUGGAGGGCAGCGGGAAUGACCUACGUAACCUAUUCUACCAUAUGCGCCAAUUUGGUCAGAAAUUGCCUCAAAGAACCCCUCAAAACCGAAGCCCUCUCUCGCGAGAAGGUCUAUUUUUCACUCUCCAAAUGGGUCGACGGCAAGCCUCAAAAACCAACUAUUCGUUCAGAUGCCCCGGAGCAUUGAUUCGGAAUAGUUGGAAGCUAUGAACGGCCAAAUCUUUGAGAUAUGGAUGUUAAUUGUCAUUUUGAACCUUUCUGCCGUUUUCUAUGUUUAAUUCCUUUGUUUUCCUUUCCAUGAAUUGGCACAUGCAGUGGAUUUUGAAUUUGCAUAUGGUUAAUCUUGUAAUAAUCAAAGUUUAAACAUAUGAUUUUGAACUCAAUGACGACUGGCUGUGUAACUCAGUCUGCUUUGAUGUCCUGAAAUGAAAAAGCUGCCCAACAGUGUUAAGAAGGGUCAUAAAUUUA